AUGUUCUCUACUGGAGGGAGAAGAAUCAUCAGUCUUGCAAGGACUUCAUUGAGACGCAAUAGUAGCUCCACACUGAAACCGCCACAAUCCAAUCUACUCACCUUUUCAGCUUUGGGGUUCGGAUCAUUGGGAGUCGGAUACUUUCUCGGGAAGAAAUUUAGCAAUCGCAAUGACAAAGAAAGUGUGAAUGAAAACAGCAUCAUCAAAUCGAUAGCAGAGGAUGCUUCAACGGCACCGCUCUCGUCGCUAGAUUCGCCAGUUUACGCCAAUGAACAGCAAUUCAAAGAAGGUUUGGCAAAAAUUGUUGAGAUUGUUGGCGAGGAUCAUGUUCUGCAUGACCCAGAUGUGCUCUCGGCCCACAAUGACUCCUUUUACUCAACACACCAUCCUCCCCAACCCGAUAAACAGAAACCAAAUGUCGUCAUAACACCAACUUCCACAGAACAAGUGUCGCAGAUUAUGAAGAUUGCUCAUCAGUAUAGACUACCGGUUGUUGCUAGUUCCGGGUUGACCUCACUUGAAGGACAAAACAUACACACAAGAGGACCAUUCAGUAUCUCGUUAUCGUUUGCUGAAAUGAAUCAGAUUCUUGCUUUCCAUCCUGAUGAUUUGGAUAUAGUUGUUCAGCCAGGUGUUGGGUGGGUUGAUUUGGCAGAUUACUUGAACGAUGAUCCAAAGGGCAAAGAUUUAUUGUUUGGUCCAGAUCCUGGAAUUGGUGCCAACAUUGGUGGAAUGGUGGGGACAAGCGCGUCGGGGACGAAUGCUUUCCGGUAUGGAACGAUGAAGGAGAAUGUUGUUAAUUUGACUGUGGUCUUGGCUGAUGGAACAAUCAUUAAAACGAGGCAAAGACCAAGAAAGUCGAGUGCUGGGUACGAUUUGACUAGGUUCUUUAUUGGCACUGAGGGGACUGCUGGUAUAGUUACAGAAAUCACAUUGAAAUUGCAUGUACGUCCAAAAGUCGAACUCAUUACUACUGCUGCAUUUCACAGUAUCAAAGAUGCUGCUGCUGCUGCUCAAACGAUUAUAGGCAAAGGGAUCCAGCCUAAUGCUAUGGAGUUGUUGAACGACACCAUGAUGUCAUUUGUAAAUGAGUCAGCUGACGAAGGUGGUGAGCAAAGAUUAGAGAAACCUACAUUGUUUUUCAAAUUGGGAGGUCCGACUAUAAAGGAGGUUGAUGAACAGUCUCGAGUGGUUGAAGAAAUUGCUAAUGCAAACAAUGCGAUCAAAGUUGAACGCAGUGAAAACGCAGAGCAAAAUGCAGAGUUGUGGGCAGCAAGAAGAAAUGGUCUUUGGUCGACUUUCCAAGCUGGUGCUAGCCGUCUUGCUAAUCCUGAUGAUACACAAAUCUGGACCACCGAUGUUGCCGUGCCAGUAUCAAAUCUCUCUGAAGCUAUAUCUCGAAUCAAUGAUGAUUUGAUCAAAGCCGGAUUUGAUGGAAAGUUCUCCGUGUUGGGACACAUUGGGGAUGGAAAUUGUCAUUUUCUCAUCAUUUACAAUUCACCGGAUUAUGGAAAAGUUCAUGAAGCUGUCGAUGCAAUGGUUCUGCGUGCGUUGCAGCUCGAAGGCACGUGUACUGGAGAGCAUGGUGUAGGGGUAGGAAAGAGGAAGUAUCUUUCACAAGAAUUGAGCGAAGAGACAAUUGACACCAUGAGAAAGUUGAAAUUGGCAUUGGAUCCAAGAAGAAUCUUGAACCCUGACAAGGUUUUCAAGAUUGAUCCAAAUGAUGAUUUGGAUGAGCAGUUGAACUCUGGACACGUCAUUGAGAAGCACGAAUGUGCUGUUGAAUUCAAUGACGAUCAGGAUCAACAGCCAGUCCAAACGAGGAGAUUAAAUGUGGUAUCGGUUGAUGAAAGGGGGAAUUUUGCCAGUCAGUCAAGUCAAAGACCAGGUAGGCAACACAAACUGGAUAUCUUAACUGGUACUGAGGCGUUGCCUAUUUUCUAUCGAUGUAUGCAAAUCAUAUUGAAAAAACAGUUGGAUGCCAUUGUCGAGAUUUACUUUAGUGAAGGGGUAAAAUCUGAUCUAAUGAAUGUCAUCAAGACGUUUUGGUGUCGGGCGUUGGAACACUACUACAAAGUCGAAGACGACGGCGACGACGAUGAUGGUGAUGAUGAUGACGAUGACGAUGACGAUGGCGACGACGAUGACGAUGGCGAUGACGAUGGCGAUGACGAUGUCCAAGAUAUUGGCCAUGACAGACGAGAGGGAAUGAGGAGGAAGAGGAAGAGAAAGAGAUCAUUAGAUGUAUUGGAUUUGAUAUGUAUCAUUUAUUUGGCAAGUUUGGAGUUACGAGCAUAUCCUUUCUACAUUGACAACGUUUUGGAAUGUAUCACUAUGGAUAAGGUGCCUUACUUCAAGACUUAUCAUCUUUUACCCUUGACUGAGUUGAAGAAAUUGCAUGGCUUGUAUCAUCGCCAAUUACAAGCAUAUGAAGCACCCACUGAAGGACAACUUCUACGAAGGAUUUUUUACUUGUGUCCAAUUUUGCAUUUUGGAUAUGGUAAUCUCGAGUUUCAACCUAGUGUAUGGAUAAAUCGGGUCAAAGCAUAUAAUAUGGAGUACGAAUACAACAAUGAAAUCACUGAUAAUUCAUUACUCAAUUGGUCUACAGAUAGAACGGAGCAAUAUAGCGAAUGGGUGUACAAUCAUUUGUUGCCAAAUAAAUACAGAAGUGAAGGUGUCAAUAAUGAAAGCGAUCUUUCGGUCAUGGAGAAGAGAUUGUUUCAAAUUUUUCCGGUGGAUGGUUUAUCUGAGAUGCAACAAGACCACGUUGCGGAAGAAGGUACAGACUCGAUAACCACUACGAAAUUUACCACUUUGAAGCAGAUAUUGGAUGCAGGUCCAGAUAACACUAAAGCAUCUACAGACCACAGUGGUCAAGUGGACAAGCUUUUGUUUAAUUUGUUGAGCAAAAGGAUCAAUCUAUCCGCGACUGAGCUUAUGUGUAUAUAUGGAAACAUUACCAAGCUGUUCAAGAAGAUACGGGGCAUAUAA